UUCAUCCACAACCGUGUUCUGGUCUUCAUGCGUUUCCUGCAAGAACUGAAUAAUGUCACGCCAUGUAAAUGCAGGAGUAAUUGUGGGCGUCUCUUCUUCUUCCUCAUUUCCAGUGUGGAGGACGGAUUCUUCCUUCUUACUUCCAACCCAAAGCGUUCCCUGUUUAAAGUUAAAUUGAAGAUCAACCAAGUCGCUUCUACAAAUUCGAAAAAUAAUGGCCGAUCAUGAAAUUCGUAGAGUGUAUGAGAUGUUAGAUGAAAAUUGUGACGGAGUGGUGAGCGUGGGUGAACUGUGUGGAUUCGUCAACAGGGUUGGAAUAACAAUGUCAGAAGGUGAUGUGAGAUCUAUACUGAACAAACCUCUUCAAGAGGAUUGUUGUUCCCUGCGAUUUGAGGAAUUUGUUGAGUUUUAUCAAUCCAUCUUCAAUCAUCAAGAUGAUGAAGAAAAAGGCGAGUCCGAUGAUUUGAUGGAGGCGUUCAGAGUUUUUGAUCAAAACAAAGAUGGGUACAUUUCUUCUAACGAGCUUCAGAACGUGUUGUCCACAAUGGGAUUGAUUCCACAGGGACAAGAUGCGCAAAACUGUGAGAAAAUGAUAUGCAGAUUUGAUUCAGAUUGUAAUGGAGUUUUGGAUUUCUCUGAAUUCAAAAGUAUGAUGUCCUCUAAGGUUUCUCCUUAAGGAACGGUUAUUCAGCGUUUAUGAUUCUUGUAUAUGUUAACCAUAUAAUAUUCAGUAGUUUAGAUGGUAAAACAGUGUAUUUUAUGUUAGAGAUCUCAUAUUUGAAUGCAGACUAGAGUUUCGCUGCC